AUGGCCUGGCCAGAUCACAGCCAGGCCAUCCUGCAGAACUGCUACAAUGUCUUCCGCCUCCUGCAUUGGGCUGAGCAGCAUGGAGAAGUACAGGCAUUUGUUAAGGCACAGUCCAUGCACAAGCUCUUUGACUUGCUGGAGGACUUUGUGCCAGCUUUUCUAGAGACCGUGGAUGCCAGCGACUUCGGCAUUUUCCAGGAGCUGGAUGGCUUCCAUUACGGUCCAGUUGAGCGCAACACUUGCGUGUCGAUCCACUGCUUCUUGGACAAGAUCCAAGAGCACUUCACAUCCAUUCGGCACGCUGCGCUGCUUUACAAUGCCCAUUUGGUCUACACCAACCUUGCAUUGAGCGACAUGAGGGUGCUCUAUUCCUACUUGGUUUCCUUCAACGGUGCCGUGUCCAGCUACAAGCUGAACAGACCACCCUUCGGCAGGAUCCCCACUGCUGCUUCACAGCCUGGCGGUGGGAGUUCCUCGUUUGGCCGGGCGUUUCUGCUCUCCGAGGAGGAAGAUUUUCUCCUUGGCGUUUCGCGGCGGCCGUCAAGUGGGCCCGCUUCACUCUUCGUUCCAGCCGUCCAUCUAGACGCUGGGCGAGGGCAACUGGUGGCACUCACCUUCCGUGGGAUCAUGCUGGUCUUGAUCUUCGAUGCGGAGGUUCACAUUGAUGUGAGGCUACUGGAGUCUCUGCGAGAUUUCUGCAGCCGUAACUCAGGGGACGGGCUCUCACUGGUGGAGCUCCACCCCCUCAUCGUUCCGCAGUACGCCCAGGUCAUGGAGCAAGAGGAUGAGUAUCGAUUCGUUUACUACAACCACACCAAUCACGCGCUGCGGCUCUCCAACCAGGCCAGCAUCUCGAGGUCUUUGCUGGGCGGAAGCCGCGUCGCCAGCGCCGGUCCAAAGCCCGCAGAGAGGGUCUUCCUCGCACCACUGAGAGCAACUCUGGCAGAUCCAAAGAUGAAGUGCCGUGAGGUAUCCUGGAAAUCCGCUGAUCGCGGCUGGGUGUGUGCAAAGAGGUGGUGCGAGCGCGAGUUCUACUUACUCUUGGAUGGAACCAGCACUUCCUUGUCGCGAUGUCAGGACGAGUGUGCCAGGUUCGCGUCGAUUCAUUUCAGCAACAUCUUCAUGAUGUGA